CCUCUUAGUACUCCGUUACUCUCCCCAUAAAAGGAGUAAGGACCCGGAGUCCCUGGUAUUACUCAUACCGUACCUUCUUUGCCUGCUGAUCAUCCGGCAAUCAACUUUGUGGCCGCCUGACUUGACAUUCCAUCCGCGACUGCUAUUAUUAUUCGUACUAUUAGUCCUGACGGGCUUUGCUCCUUACUUUCCCCCCUCCUCUUUCUCUCUCUUCUCCUUUCAUCAAAGCUGUCCUCUCUCUCUCUCUCCUCUCCAGAAACAAAGCACAGUCAAGGAUUACAAUCGGUUCAUCUUGUCGAUAUUCUCCUUCGUUCCUGAACUCUACGGUUCCGACGGUCGCGUGCCUCUAAAGACUAUCUGAACUAGCGCGUCGCAUCGCAUCUACCCUGACGUAUCAUAUCAUUGCUGCAUCUCAGUUUCUGCGGUCAGUCUUUAGCCAGUGUGCGGUAAGUUGCAGCCUCCCUCUCCCCUAUUUUCAAAAGUUCCCUCAGGGUUCUUUGUUUCCAAAACAUUGUUGGUUCUUUGCUUGUCCAUGGUUCUGUCUGUACAUACAUAAGCACAACCACUCUUUAGGUACCCAGUCACCAUCCCUCCCACACUUCAGGUCGUGCCUUCCGGUUGGUGGAUUGCUCUUCUGACUCAUGUGAUUACAGAUUAGCCACCACAACUACUAAAUAAUAAUACUUCUUCUUUCUCACCAUCAUGGCUGCUCAGACGACCACCUCUAGCAUUGCAAUGGCGCUUGCUGGCAAGACAGCCUCUGUGGAUAUCCCCAAACCUCGUUCUGCUUUCACUUCUGGUGGCCGCGAUUCCUCCCGUUCAGGUCAUACCAUGCUACCGACUCCCCCUAACUCUAUCUCCCCAACGCUUCCACCCCAGGCCUUCAAGGGCCAGGACGUGAGGCAUCCCGCAUCUCCUCCUUUUGCCACAUCUCAGGUUGAUUCCGAUAUCGAUUUGGGCGACGCCGAUGCAGACAGUCAGAAUCAGCACCAUCAGGGUGUUGGUGAUCUUGACAGCACUGGGACAAUCACCCCCAGUAUGCUAGCCAAAUAUCACCUACCGGACAUCAUGCUACAGCACGGACCCCUCGCCAUUCGCCAUGUCAUGGGCUACUUGACAACUUCAGUGCCCGGGUUUUCUCGAAUUCCUCCCGCUAAAGCACGACGACUAGUCGUUGCGGCAUUAGAAGGUCGGGGAAGUGAUGAGAAAAGUGGCGGUCCUGCAAAUGAUGUUAUCUUUGAGAAAGUUGGAUGGGGUCGUUGGGACGCACGACGUCGCGGCGAACCCUCACGGGAUGCGCAACAUCAGAACCUAUCGCCACCCUCUAGCUUCUCGAACUCCUUCUCUCAGCGAGGGAUACAGAUCCCCGGGAAGAGAGGGAGUCUUCAGCCUUACGGGUCCAGCGUGACUGGCGACUCGGCUGUCUUCUCGUUUACGGAAAUGGAUUAUGCUGGACAUAUUUCGGAGCAUGAGGCGGAUAAGAUGUCACUCGAUGGGAAUGACCAGGAGUACUGUUCAUCUUCCGAGGCUCCAGAAGAUGAGAUUCAGGAUGAGGACUGGGGCGAAGAAGAUGUCACCGACGAAGAGGAUUGGGCACAAAUAGGUGCUGCAGCGCUUCGUGCGCGGUCCUUGAACGGCGGGGGCGGUUUCGUCCACGGACUCCAUCCAUCGCCACAACUUCGGGGUGGUGGGCCUGCAUCAUCCUCUUUGGCGAAGUCUGCGCCGCGCAAGCCUCCUAUUCAACAACUUGGCUUCUCCCUUCCAGACGGUAUGGUAGGCAAUACCGAGGAGCGUGCCGCGGUGGAGGCGCUUUUGCGUCUCGGAUCCAUGUAAUGUUAUAUCUUGGACAAAGGACCCGGCUCAGAUUAUGCCCGUUGCGUUUUAUAUCUUGGAGCUUCAUGGCCGGUCCUUGGCUCAAGCAUGUUUUUUCUUUGUUUUCUUCACGUUCUACGACUCACCUUUGAAAGGGAUGUGCCAGCUAACUCGACUGGUUCGAGGUGUUGGCUAUGAUGCAUUGGGACUUGGAUUGAACUGGCGUUCUCAUGGUAUUUUCUCUUGCAGCCGAGACCGCUGCAAGUUAUUGCAUUAUGCCUUAAUGGCUGUCUUUCCUUUUUUUCCUUCUUCGCAUUCCCUUAUUUGUUUGUGGGUUCUGCAGUGACUUCGAUAAAUAUCCUGCUACCCUGUACUCCUCAUUGCAUAUGCCCGGAUAAUAGGGCAGUCAUCUCUACUCUCUACUUUGCAUUAUAACAUACCGAGAGUUGUAUCAUCUCGAUCAUCGUCCAUAUGAUUUUUUUGGCCGACACAGAAAUUAUUGACGGCAUUAUUGACGACCGGAGACAGAAUCUGCGGUUGUGGAAAUACGAUCUUAUAUAGAACUAAUCAACGUUUGCCUUCAACGGCGACAAGACAUAUAAUAGAAGCAUACAUACUCAUUAUUCCUAAGAUUGAGAAUGGGCCCAU